AUUGAUUAAAAUGUACGGUUCAAAAGAAUUAUUGUGGAAUAGCAAAAGUCGUUUUUAUCAUGAUAAAGCGCUCAGAGAAGAUGCAUGGAGAGAAAUAAGAGCUGAAAUAGGAGUAUCUGUGCCAGAACUGAAGAAAAAAAUGACCGUGCUCUUGUCAUCUUACAGAAGAGAAAAAUGGAGAUUAUCUAAAAGCCAAAUUACUGGCUCUGGUCGAGAUAGUAUUUAUGUAUCAAAAUGGUUUAGUUUUGACGAUUUCAGUUUCAUGCAAGACAAGCUUACACCCAAUGACACAACAGACACUAUGCAGGAACCUACAUCACAUAAUGAAGGAGAAUCUUCACAAGGAACUCCAGAAGAAACUUUACAACAAAAUAAUGAAGAAAAUAUUGCAGGGUGGUCUGAUAAUAUGAAUGAACAAUCAAAAGAGGUUGAUACCUCCAAGGUUCCAGAAAAACCUGCUAAGAAGAACGCAAAGAAACGAAAACAUGAUGAAGAGGAAAACGAAAUGUUGACGGAAGCAUUUAAAAUUCUUACUGAAACGUCUCAAGCUACUGAUCCAUAUUUCAGUUAUGGCCAACACAUAGCAAAUGAAUUGAGAAAGUAUGACAAUCACACUUUAAUAUACGUGAAACAACCAAUAAAUCAUGUCAUUUUUGAGGCUGAUUUAGGCAAGUACCGUCCAACGUAUCAGUACACGACACAACAAGAAACUUAA